AUGAGCGAUCUCGACAAAGCCAUCGCGCAACUGCGCGCAUGCCGGCCCAUCCCCGAGCCCCAGGUGCGGGAACUGUGCCACCGCGCGCGUGAGCUCCUCAUCGAAGAGGGCAACGUGGUCACCGUGACGGCACCGGUGACGAUAUGCGGCGACAUUCACGGCCAGUUCCACGACCUCAUGGAACUGUUUCGGGUGGGCGGCGACGUGCCCGACACCAACUAUCUCUUCAUGGGCGAUUUUGUCGAUCGCGGUUUCUAUUCUCUCGAGUCCUUCCUCCUGCUUCUUUGCCUUAAAGUACGAUACCCCGACCGCAUGACACUCAUCCGCGGCAAUCAUGAGUCACGGCAAAUAACGACUGUCUACGGAUUCUAUGACGAAUGCCUUAGAAAAUAUGGCAGCGCUAACGUGUGGCGUUAUUGCUGUGACGUCUUCGACUACCUCGCCCUUGGCGCCAUUGUGCUCGGCGCGUCCAACACGCUCUCGCCGCCGUCGGACGUGGACAAUGUGGAAAUCGAGGUGUGCGAUCAGAACGGGGGGCUCAUAAGCCGAUUCCCCCGCCAGGGACGGAUGCCGCAGCUCGAUAAUAGCUCCGGGGACAAGACGGGCCCGCCUGGCUCGGGCGCGUCCGGGGACAGCAGCGGCAGCGUGGGCAACCCGGCGGGAGCGGUGCUCUGCGUGCACGGCGGGUUGAGCCCGCUCAUCGACACGGUGGAUAAGAUCCGCCUCAUCGACCGCAAGCAGGAGGUGCCCCACGAGGGUGCUAUGUGCGACCUUCUCUGGUCAGACCCCGACGAUAUCGACGGAUGGGGUCUGUCGCCGCGAGGGGCGGGCUUCUUGUUUGGAGCUGAUAUUGUUAAGGUGUUCAACCACCGCAACGACCUCAGCCUUAUUGCGCGCGCCCAUCAGCUCGUCAUGGAAGGCUUCAAGGAGAUGUUCGACGCUUCCAUCGUCACGGUUUGGUCGGCGCCCAACUACUGCUACCGAUGCGGCAACGUGGCCGCCGUGCUGGAGCUGUCCGAGGACUCGUCCGGCUGGGGGGUGUUCUCGCGAAGCAACGGCGACGUGGGCCGCAGCAGCGGCGUCAUGACGGGGCUCGAACCCGACGAAGUGGCACCCAAGAGCGGUCCGGCGAGGCGGUAUCGCGUGUUCCAGGCGGCACCCCAGGACUCUAGAGGGAUGCCGGCGAAGAAGCCCGUGGCCGAUUACUUUCUGUAG